CAUGUUAUAAACUUCUGAAAGCAAGCAAGAUGUCAGCGAACGGUUGUGUGACAGCUAUCCGGCUUGAUUCCCUCAAGCAAGCUGACAAACCACAGAUGCACCUGCUGCCUUGUGAAAUAGAGCAUGACGGACCUGCUGAAGUCUUCAAGUUCUUUAAUCCCACUGUGAAGGAACGCAAACACGAAACGACAGUGUCAUUGAGAGGUCGGGGACUGAAGGGUCAGGAAAUGCAUUGCCCAAAUGGAUACACAGGCCUAGUGCUAAAAGAGGUCCAGAAGCCUGCAUCUGAUCAAGAGGACAGAGUAGUGAAAGUUUCUUCAGUGUUCCAUCAUUUCACAUACUGGAAUCUGGAGACUCCUCCCACAUCCGAUGAUGGAGUUGUGAUGGCGAUGACAUGGCCUCAGCUAUCGGAGGCAAUGCAUGGACCAGUGGACUGAUAAUGGACAUUGUUUUGUUGUGGAGAUCUGCUUCUCAAGUACAUAGUUACAGUUAAACAAAUGUGAAAAUGAUUCUUUGUUGGAAGACAGUAUAAGUUACUGUGUUGUGGUAGUAAACACCAUUUUUACCAAACACAUGUUGAAGAAUAUCACAAUGCAACAUUAAAAGUCUUAACGUUU